UGAACUUCUAAAUAAAUAAUCUGCACUUUGUUUUGCUUGCUUCGAGCCAAAACUGCUGGCUUUAUUUUUGUACAACGGUCAUAUUGUUUGAUAUUUGAAUGUUACAUUGAAUAAACAUUUAUCUUUUACAAUGUCCUCUUUCACUCAGAUUUGUCGAUUGAGUAAUUUCUUCGUAGGAAAUUAUAAAUGUAUUCUAACUGGAAGGACAAAUUGGUUGACCCCGGUCCAAGCAUGCAACUAUACGAGGAAAUCGGCAGAGGAAAAGUUGGGGUUAGAAAAGCCGAAACGGCCUCUGACCCCAUUCUUCAAGUUCAUGACACAAAUGAGACCGGCAUUGCUAGCUAAAAACCCAGGGAUUUCUUCUAAAGAAGCUAUUUCGUGGACAUCUAAACACUGGCAGCAGUUGGACCUAGAGACAAAAAAUCAAAUGGCCAAGGAAUAUGAAAAAGACCUAGAGGACUAUAAGAAAAUCAAAGCAAUGUAUGAAUCUUCGCUCACAGAUAAACAAAAAGAAGACAUAAAACGGCUGAAGGAAGAAAUGGCUGUGGCUAGGGAAAAAAGAAAACUAAAAGCUGAAUAUAAAGAGCUUGGACGUCCAAAGAAACCAAUGUCAUCCUAUUUCUUGUACAUUCAAUCUAGAAAAGACAGUUUCAAAGGCAAAGAUAUAAAACAAUACCAAGAGGAAGCCAAGAAGGAUUGGUUGAAAUUGAGUGAUGCUGAUAAAGCUAAAUUUGACAAACAGGCUACUGAACUGAUGGCUAAGUACAAGAAAGAUUUAGAAGCAUGGGAAGUUAAAAUGAUAUCAAUGGGUCGUGCCGACCUGGUCCGUAGCAAGCCUUUACGAGAGAAGAAGCCAAAGGCUGAGGCAAAAAAACAAUAGGAACUCGGGUGCUCUGACGAAACAACUGACUCUCCUCAAAGUAGUGAUAAGGAUUAUAUUGUACAAAGUAUUGAUAAGAGUACUUCCACUAGUCCAGAUAUGUCGAAUACAAUUAAAGAAAACAUAGUUCCUGAUAGCGUUUCUGUUACUUCAGAGUCAAGUCGUCGGAGCACGGGUGAUGUAGACACUCCCACGAAGCUGCCAUUAAAAAAUGUCCAACCUAAAGAAAGUAAGAAUAUCUUCAAUAGUAUUAAAAACUUCUUUAAUCGUUAAGAUUAGUUUUGUAGAUCUCGAUCACAGUUCAUGCAUUUGUUGUAUGUUUCU